AUGGACUACUCUUCCAUCUCCAAUGAUCCCGAGAACUCUGCGGGCGCUUCGCCAUGGGGAUCUCCGCGCAACGAUCGAACCACAUUCCCCACCUCCGGCACGAGCGACAUCCCGUCAUCUCCAUUACCAGGGCAGGUACAAUCCAUCGAGGGAUCUGAGCGAGGCUAUGAGUCACAAUCCCCCGCGCGCUACCAGACUGGCCUACGGCAGCCGAACUCCCGGCCUGCUGCACCUGUGUACAAGAUUCAGGCCAAGAUCACCGGUCUAGAGAGGACAGGGAAGAAGGACCCUAUCCUUCGCUUUGAUGUCCACACCAACAUUCCCAAGUUCCGCACAACUCAGUACCGCGAUGUUCGCCGCACCCACUCCGAGUUCGCCAAGCUUGCCGACCACUUGAUCUCUGCCAACCCGGAAGCGUUCGUUCCCGCCGUGCCGCCUCCCGUGACUCCGGCUGGCGCAGGUACCGAUGAGGAUGAAAUCAGGGUUAAGGCUUCGAUGCAGCGAUGGCUCAAUUGCGUCCUCAGCAAUGAGAUCCUCAUCCAGGAUGACGAGGUGGUGCUGUUUGUCGAGAGCGACUUCGGAUACAGCCCGGUUCUGCACAUGAAGCAACCUGCGACUGGCGUGCGACGCAAGAUGCUUAAGCAGUUUGCGCCGCCACCGGAUGACACGCCUGAGCUACAAGCUGCUCGCCCCAUCGUUAAGCUGUUCUACUUGGGAUCCAUGGACUCGAGCCACAAGGUCGACCGGAUCGUGAAAGCUCGCCGCGGAGUGGGACUGGCCGAAUCUGAUUUUGGUGUGAAGAUGGCGCAAAUGCACGUGCAGGAAACCCAUCCUGGCCUGAGCCUGGCCUAUCGCAAACUCGGCAAGGUCAUUCAGACGGUGGGUGAUUUCCAUGCUGUCCAAGCGACCGGUGAGGCCACGACCCUUGGGGAGCCCCUGGGUUACCAUUCUUCAGAUGCUUUGAUUGUCAAGGAGACUUUGACCAACCGUCACAUUCUGUUGCGCGAACUCCUUCAAGCCCGGCAAACCGCACAGAGUAAGCGUGCCGCUGCAGACCGCUUGAAGGUCAGCUCGUCCGUCCGCCCUGACAAAGUCGACGAGGCAAUCAACGCACUGGAAGAGGCGCAGAGCCAUGAGGAUUACCUCACCAAGCGCACCCAGCGCGUGACAACGAACCUACUCCAGGAAAAGCGUCGUUGGUUUGAUCGAACCACUAACGACCUUUUGUUCAGCCUCCGCGAGUAUACUUUGCGCCAGAUCGAAGCCGAACGACGCACCCUGGCUACCCUGGAAAGCGUUCGACCCGAUAUCCGUGCCAUUGAUGCUUCUGGUGGUUUGAGCCGGCUGGGCCGCGAAGCACACCCCACCGUCCGUCGGUCUAACAUGGCAUCUAGCCAAGGUCCGAAGGGCGAUGCCUGGAGUGGUGUUCCCCGCCGUGUGGACGGCACGGGCCGUAGUAUGAGUGGCAGCUUCACGGCUCCCAACCUGAACGAUGACGAGGACGAGGAGAGUCAUCCCGAGACUGCUCAGGGCCGUGUUCGAUCUACGAGCCAGGUUGGAUCGAUUGCCGAGGAUGAUGAUGAUCGACUGGAUGCGCGUAACGCUGCCAGCCGGCUGGCCACCAGCACAUUCUGA